UACGAAGCUUCUGCAUAAUUAUCACAGCAGUUCUUCAGUAAGCAAUGAAAGUCUCUAUAAUUUUUUGCCUUCUGUACACUUCGGUGUAUGCACAGCAUCCGCCCAAUCCAUCUAAGUUAGCCGAGAUGGCCAGGUACAUCAUCAACGCUGUCGAUUGGAUUUCCAUUUCUACUAUAUCUACAUAUCCCUCUUUUGAGACCUAUCCAUUCUCAAAUAUAAUGUCCGUCAGCGAUGGACCAGUUGGUAAAGGUGCUGGAACACCAUAUUUCCUCCUGACACAUUUAGAUCUAUCCGCAAAAGACCUAUUGGAAGAUAAUAGGACUACUAUAGUGGCCUCUUUAGCACAGGUCAAUAAUUUCUGCAAUAAACAGUCAUGGGAUCCUCAAGAUCCUCGCUGCGGAAAGGUGAUGCUAGUUGGAAGAAUAUCAAAGGUAAACCUUGAUUCCAGUGAUUUAGUAGUGGCAAUGGAAGAUUUUAUCACAAGGCAUCCUACUUUGAAGGGUUUGAUCAAUA